ACCACUGCCGACUGUGGAGUACAUCGAGUAGACAUUACCCCACUGCGUUCAUCAUCAAGUAGUUGAUGUACUGAAAUAGCCGAGGUGUAGUGUAAGAAUUUAAUUCGCCAAAGGAAGUGGUUCUGAUUUGGUAGUCAAGUUUUUCAAUGGACGAAAUGCCGACAGCACUGCCAGUAAAGGAAUUACAUAAUUUGCUACAAGAAACACUCGGGCCAAAAAUGACGAUUAAAAGUGUGGUAUGGAAACCUCUCACAAACCCAGGAGAAAAUUACGGAAGUUUAAUAUACGGGAUUGAUGCGACUAUCACGAAAAAUAACAUAGCUGAGGUUUUGAAUCUAGUUGCCAAAAUACCGCCCCCGACGGAAUAUCUUAUAAAUUUGUUUAAUAGUCCAGUUUCGUUCUGGAAGGAACUUGUCUUCUAUAAAGAAAUUGUACCUGAAUUUACAAAACUACAAAUAGAAAGUGGUAUAGAACCCGAUAAACUUCUCAAGUUCCCUCUUUACUAUGGUGGCAGAUUAGGAUUGAAUGACCAAAAUUUAUUUGACGAACAGGCUGCUAUAGUGCUGGAAAAUCUUAAUCCUAAAGGGUACUCAAUGCGAGAUAGAUUAUUAGGUUUCGAUUUAGAACACACCCAACUUGCCAUUGAAGAGUUAGCAAAAUUACAUGCGGUAACCAUUGGUUUGAAAUUGAAAGAUCCUGAAUUCUUCAGAGAUUCAGUUAUGCCUGCGUUAGUACAUGUCUCAAAUGACUCAACAAUGGAGACUAUCAGAGAUAUGCUGAGACAAGUACACGAUACUUUAAAAGAACUUCCAGAAGCAAAGCCAUACAUUGAUCGUAUUAAUAAAACUUUGAGAUAUGAUUAUGAGGUUGAUUACAGACUUUUAAAACCAUCAGAGCUAUGGGGAACAAUGGUGCAUGGUGAUUAUUGGUCUAACAAUAUGCUAUUCAAAUAUGACGAAAAUUCUAAGCCAAUAAGCAUGAAAAUAAUUGACUUUCAGCUUGGUUACUACGGCUCUGGAACCAAGGAUCUAAUUUUCUUUUUAUUAUCAAGUGUACAAGACGAAUUAUUGAACAAAAAUUUAGAAGAUAUGCUUGAUUAUUACUAUAAGUCAUUUAUUAAUUCACUGAAAUCGUUAAAGGUUGACACUGAAAAAUUUACUAGAGAAGGUUUUGAUGAAGAGGUGAAGAAAUCUGCCCCACUUAAAUUCGGACAGUGUAUUGGUAUGACGAAUGUAAUACAAUCAGCAAGAGGGAUAAUAAAAAAUAUGGAAGACGUGGGCAAAGAUGUAACUUUCUCGGCUAUUGGAAAUAAUAUUAGAGUUGAGAAAAAAUUAUUACACAUUAUACAGAUUUUUGAUAAAAAUCGAUGGUUGAUUGAUUGAUCAAUUAAUAGUAUCAGGGAUUUGAAGGGUAUUAUUGACUGGAAAAGUGCAAGCUCUUCGGAAUCACACGCUCAACCAAACCACGUAGUUAAAAGGCCAAGAAUCAAAAGGACUCGAAGAAGCUUUAACAAUGAAUAGAGAUGCAAGAUCAAAUCAAAGGACAAAUGUUGAAGAGAGCUAACUUCCCCUUAGCUUGUACUAUGAGGCAAAUACGGGCUAAAUUUGACCAUUUGAUUCGAAAUAUGGAUGUACAGAGUUUACAAAUUUGGCAAAUACCAAUACCUAGAUUCAAUUUUCAACUUUGAAAUGAUACCAACAAAUUAAGAUCACCUUCGUACCUGGAGAAACGCCUUUGAAUGCUAGCAUUAUACAGGGACUUGCUUUUGCCGUACUACAGAUUUUAUAGAAAGUUGAGAAUUCAAUAGUCAAAUACCCAGCCUGUAUUACUAGUAGUGAGUAUCAAACUGUACUAUUUUUGAUCGACUAUAUAUAUUAAUCACAUUGUGACAAAUGUUACGCAUCUAUACAGGUAUGUAUCGAUGUAUCCAUUUCAAUAUGUAAUAUUCAUGGACAUAAAUAAUUCAAUAAUUGUGUAAAUUUAAUCCAGAGUUGCGGUAUUUCAUAAUUAUACCACUCUACACACAUUGAUACUCAUUUACUUUGAUAAUUACAGUUCAUAGGUAAAAUAAUUUUGGUUA